AUGUCAGAACAAAAGGGGCCAUUAGGGGUGGACGCUUUGGAACAAUUACCAUCGAAACAGAAGUACAAUAAAUUCGACACAGGGAACGAAUCCCUUGUGGAAGAUGGACCUGAGUGUAAGUGGGAAGAGAAAAAGGCUGCAUUGAAAAAUGCAUUAACGUCUGCAUUAAGCAGUUAUGAAGAUCUGCAGGAGCAUAUUGAUAACAUUGCAAAAGCUUGGUGUAAGGUAAUUAAUGGAGCAGAGGACCAAAGUGAAGGAGGGAAGAAAGUGGGUGGUGAACUAUAUUAUUUAUUCUAUUAUUGGUUGGGUGAUAAAGUAUGGAACACUGAAAGCACAAAAACUUCCUUCCCCAGAGUUAUGAAUGAAAUUUACGAUGCACUGAAGGGGGUGUUCACUACUAUUAAUUAUGGAGAAAUUUGCACAAACAAUAUUGAGCAAAUAAAGUUCAACGAAAUGAAACUAGCAUAUGAGUAUUAUAUGGACCAUGAAAAAAUAAAGGAACAAUUAGGGGAUGAUGAGAGUGGGGUUUAUCCUUGUACUGUUCAGUACAACGAACACGUGGAAAAGACAUUUUCAGCCUAUAAUAAAGUGUAUGCAAGUCUACAUCCUGGGGAUGGUACGGAUAAUGCCUAUUGUGACAAAUUUGAAGAAAUGUUCAACCAUUACAAUGACAAAAAUCCUCAAGAAAUAAAAUGUGAGAACGUAUAUACGGAAAAAUCAUUAGCCGAUAUAGGUACCACUGCAGCCAUCUCUUCCAUACUUGGUGUAGUAGGAUUGCCUACAAUGACCUUUUUCCUUUAUAAGGUAAGUAAUAACUACAAUUAUUAA